UAGUUUGCUAGGCAACAACAACAUUAAACGUCCCACGGUCCUUCGCUAGAGGGCGGCAGGGACCUCACUGAAAUGACAUCAUCAUUACGUGCGUGACAGGAAGUGAAGCGACGACAACAAAACCGCGCUCAAACGGAAGCGUAUCGCCUUCCAUUCGGCUGCAUCAGAGAAACACGCAAUUUAUGUGGUGAAUCAGUAACAUCAGCUACACGACGACCGCAACGACGAAAGAGUGUGAAAAUGUCUGCAAGGACCUCAGCAAAGUACAUGAAGGAAAAGGACCGUAGUUGUCGACGACUGCAACAUCUUUGGCUGCAGCCUUAUGUUGUGUUGCGCAGAGCAGACAUCAGUGAAGCUAUUCGUCCAAAGCGACAGGAGGCAGAGCGCACUUGCAUUAAAGAGGAAGAUGUGGGCAAAGAGGUCCAUCACUUCAAUGAACAAAUGGAGCAGAAGUUUCUUUGCAUCAUAAAAGAGGAAGAGCCUGAGCGGCCUUGUAGUAAAGAGGAGGGAGAGGAGUCCUGCAACAUUAAAGAGGAGGAGGAUACCUGCAAGAUACCAUUGACUGGUGUUCCUGUGAAGAGUUUUGAUGAGGGUCAACAGGAGGUGAGCAAAGGGGCGGAGCCUCCAACCUGCAGCUCAAGUCAAACAAUGACCAGAGAAGGUGAUGGAGACCACUCUGGAGGAUCCCAAGCAGCUCCACCAUCAGAUAGUGAUGACGCGGCGUCACAUGUUCCGGCUGCUGCUGCUGCUGCUGCUGCUGCUGCUGCUGCUGAUGAUGAUGAGUCUCUAAACAAACACAGGCAAUGUUCUCAGUGUGGGAAAUGUUGUGCUAAUAACCGUGUUUUGAAACAACACAUGAAAAGGCACAGAGAGAAAAACUUUUCCUGUUCAGUAUGUGGCCAAAAAUUCGGUCGGAGGGGACAUUUAAAAGAGCACACAAGAAUCCACACUGGCGAGAAACCUUUUUCCUGCUCAGUUUGUGGCCAAAAAUUCUCUCGGAAGGGACACUUGAAAAUUCAUACAAGAGUCCACACUGGCGAGAAAGUUUUUUCAUGCUCCAUUUGUGGCCAAAAAUUGUCUAACAAGCAGAGCUUAAAAAAUCACACAAGAAUCCACACUGGCGAGAAACCUUUUUCAUGCUCAGUUUGUGGCCAAAGAUUCAGUCACAAGAAAAGCUUAGAAAUACAUACAAGAGUCCACACUGGCGAGAAACCCUUUUCAUGCUCAGUUUGUGGCCAAAAAUUCAGUUACAAGAAAAGCUUAGAAAGGCACACAAGAAUCCACACUGGCGAGAAACCCUUUUCAUGCUCAAUUUGUGGCAAAAGAUUUUCAGUGAACGGACACUUAAAAACUCAUACAAGAAGUCACACUGGUGAGAAACCUUUUUCAUGUUCAGUUUGUGGCCAAAAAUUCUCUCAGAGGGGACAUUUAAAUAGGCACACAAGAACCCACACUGGCGAGAAACUUUAUUCCUGCUCAGUUUGUGGCCAAAAAUUCUCUCACAAGAUAAGCUUAAUCAAGCACACAGUAGCCCACACCUAACUCUGUUGCGUGCUCAAUCACUUGCCAAAGAGUGUCUAUUGAGAAUUCCGAGUGUGUUGGGGAGAUGAUCAAUGAUCCGUGAAGGUUUCACCUUUUUAAGCAGACUUCAUGGGUUUUUGCAUUGAUGAUGAUAUUGUUAACUGGCUUCUGGAGAUCUUUGUAGUUUUUAUUAUACAUAGUGUUAAUUUUGGUUUUGGUUGUGGUUUUUAACAGUAGAUACAAUUAAUUCAUUUUUGAGGCAAGUUGCUUCGUUUUUAUCAGUGUAAACAUUGGGUUUGGUUUUGUUCAGCAUUUCAUGAUCACGUUUAGGAUUUUGCCCCAUAUUUGUCAAGACUUGUUAGGAAGACCAAUAAGAAGCAAGCAAGACAUUUUUUGUUCUUCUUCUUGCGCUUCAGCCCUGCGCUCUGCACCGGAAAAAGCUAACCAAUCAAAAAGGGGCCUGACACGGCAUAUCUGAGCUGCACAAUGAUUUAAACUCUCCUCCAAAGGUGAGGACUAUUCCUAUCAUUUCGCAGUAAAAAUAGAUGAAGCAAUUUGUGUAAGAAUGCUGUAUGACAAAAUAUGAAUGUGGAAUCAUGUGGAGAAGUAUUGAAUCAUAUGGAAUUAUGUGGUAUGAUAUUAAACGAUGACGACACGC